ACUCACUAUUUGCAUUUGGAUUUUUGAUUACCGGUCGAAACAAACUGAUAGCAAAAUGACGAAAGGAAAGAAUGGCAGCAAACCGCGUGGUGAUGGUAAAGUUUUGAAUUUUGAUCACCUCGUAUUUUGGGUUGGAAAUGCUAAAACUGCUUCAAGUUAUUUUGUGACGAGAUUUGGCUUCAAACCGUACGCGUUUCGCGAGCCAACUGAAGCAAGACCGAUAGUUUCCCAUGCUGUAAAGCUGAAUAAGAUUACAAUCAUCUUCGAAUCUCCAACGUCUCCGAAAGGGGAUAUAGUAAAGGAUUUGUCAGCUCAUGGAGACUUUGUAAAGGACGUUGCGUUUGAAGUUCAGGAUUUGGAUGAACUUGUGAAACGGGCCAAGGAAAGUGGUGCUGAGGUGGUGAAAGGUGUCACUGAAGAGAAGGAUGUCGGUGGUCUUGUUAGAUACGCUGUGCUGAAGACCUAUGGAGAUAACACACACACUUUACUGGAUCGCAGCAAAUAUUCAGGAAUUCUGCUACCUGGUUAUCAAGCUGCAGAUGAUGAUCCGCUCAAUGAAAUUUUGCCUGCAACUCAUUUAUCGUUCAUAGACCACGUGGAAGGCAAUAUGGCUGACGGAACUCUUGAACAAUCUGUCUCCUGGUAUGAGAAGAACCUUAACAUGCACAGAUUCUGGUGUAUCGAUUACGACCAUGAUUUAGUACCCUAUGCCUGCAUCAAUUCUGCGUCUGUCAUCAACCAAAACGAAACUGUUCUUUUAUCAAUGAAUGAAGCGGCAAAGGGUUUGCGGCCUACCAGCAAAGCUACAGAGUUUGUGAAGGCAUUGGGUACAUCUGGUGUUGAGCAUGUAGCACUGUACACUGACGAUAUUGUUACUACUAUGAAAAGCCUAAAGGCCCGAGGCGCGGACGUAUUGAGCUGGCCCCCGACCUACUACGACCUCAUCAAAGAGAAGCUUCAAGCCAGUUCUCUGAAGGUCGCCGAAGAUAUAGAUGCGCUACAGGAAAACAACAUAUUGAUAGACUUCGAUGAACGAGGGUACAUGCUGCAGGCGUUCACGAAGCAUGUUCAAGUCAGGCCCACGUUGUUCAUUGAGAUUCUGCAAAGGAGGAAUCAUAGGGGUUUCGGAGCUAUGAACUAUAAAUGGGUUUUCGAAGCGAUCGAGCGUUUGGAUGCUGUGGAAGCUGAAGAGAAACCCGACGAAAAGCCUGAUGCAAAGGCCGCUUGAAUUAUUGAUGCUAAUUAUCUUGUCACACGACAUAAGAAGAAAGAUGUUUACUUGUUUUUGUCUCUUAUUUUCUUACCAUAAUUUUUAUUUAAGUAUAUACAAAACGUACACCGACAGCUUAAAUAAUAAAACGUUAAAUAAAAUAAAAUUUACACCAGGAAUUAAACUGUUACAUAAGCCAAUUAUAGGUGCACACAACAUUUGCAGUGUAAGACAACGUAAUAACUAAAUUAUACAAAUACAAUUAUACACAUAAUUAAAAAAUAAUAUAUAAAAAAGUAUAAUACAUAUAUAUUAUGCAGGAGGACAUUGAUAUAUCAGCACGCAUUGUUCAAAUCAAAUUAUACUUUAUUGCAUAUACAUACACCAAACAAUUUUAAAACAUAAAUAAAAAAGACACAAUAUAGCACAAUAUACCUCUAAUAUUGUUCAUAAUUCUGACUCCUUUCAUUUAUUGUAUUUGCUUGUAAGUUAUCUUUCCUUAUUCAAUGCAUUGAUAUUUGAAUCCGUAAAUUAACUAGAGGUAUAAUAGGAUUUUGCACAGAUGUGAAAUUUAAUUAUAUUUUUGAAUAACCGUGAGUAUAAGGGUGUAAUCAGAUUUCAUGUUCAUAUAAAUAGAUAAU